UGAUGCGAUCUGGGAAAACCCGUCAGAUGUCGCGAUGGAACGUUUUCAGUAAAGUCAAAAAAUAGGUUGAAUGUCUUUUUUUUUUUUUUUUUUUUGGGGUCAAAAUUGGGUUUUCAUUACAUUAUUAUUCUAUAACAUCUUGUCUAUCAUCUCUGAAAAUAUCUUGGCAAAAUUCGCCUUUUAAGUGCAGAAAAAUGGCGAUUUAUAGUGGCAAGCUUAAAAGACUGUCUUUCUCUAACGUUACUGUUUAAGAACACCCGGCAGAGGUGAAAAAAAUCUUUCUUACUGAAAGCUCAUUUUUUUAAAUAUAUUAACCUAAAAUUUAGAAUGUUGACAUUUUUGGCUUUGAUUUUCUUGGAGUUCAAGAGUAAAACAUGUUUUGUAAUAUAUUAUUAUAAAAUAUAAACAAUUAUAUUUUUUACAUUUUCAUAAACUUAAACUUCUGUAACUUUUUUUAUUUCACUUUCAUAAUUUAUUUAAGUUUGGAUAGUGCAUUUUCAUGUCGAUGCGAAAAAAGGGGGUGACAGUUAUUUAAACCUGUUUUUCUCAAAAUUCCGUUCCUGAAAAUCAGAUCGAUCAGCCGACUUCAGAUAAACAUAACUUUUGCUACAGACAAGCUAUGAAAGAAGUAAAAACAGAUUUGUGCUCGAAUCCAGCUUUCAUAUGAUAGGUAAAGGUUUUCGCAGAUCACAUCACAUAUAUAUACCUUUCAAAAGUUUGGGGUCAGCAAGGUUUUUUUAAGAGUCUCUUAUUCUCACCAAGGCUACAUUUAUUUGAUCAAAGAUGCAGUAAAAAACAGCAAUAUUAUGAAAUAUUAUUACGGUUUAAAAUUUUCUAUUUUAAUUUCACAUCAUUUAUUCUUGAGAUGGCAAAGCUGAAUUUUCAGCAUCAUUACUCCAGUCUUCAGUGUCACAUGAUCCUUUAGAAAUCAUUCUAAUAUACUGUUUUGGUAUUUAAAAACAUUUCUUAUUAUUAUCAAUGUUGUAAACAGUUGUGCUGAUUAAUAAUUUUUGUGAAAACCAUAAUACAAAUUUCAAGAGAACAGCAUUUAUAACAUUAUAAAUGUCUUUACUAUUAAUCUCGAUCAAUGGAAUGCGUCCUUGCUGAAUAAAAGUACUAAUUUCUUUCAGCAACACCAAAACUCUUACUGACCGCAAACUUUUAAAUGCAUGUUCCUAAAAUGCCAUCAGUUUUAGAGAUUUUGGGUCUUUCUUCAUUCGAGUAGAAGAGCUGUACUUUCCUGCCUAAAAAAUAGCCUGUGGGUGUUGCCACCAAAUCAGCUUUUAAAGGGCACACACAGUUCUGUCUAGGGAAGCACUUUUUAAUAUUUUUAUAUUAAAUGCCCAAAAGCACAAGAAAAAAAAAUGUGUAACAGCCAUAUUGUCUUAUAGUGAAUACAUAAAUAUUUUUAAGUAGUUCAGUCUCCAUCGCAGUGACUUCAAGCAAACCACAUUUCCCUCACCACAGAUCACACUGCUGCAUAAUGAGCUUCCUGUGGAAGAUUUGCUAAGAGAAAACAUAUGUCUGUAAAAAGAUACAUAAAUGUGAGAGUUCCUCUUUCAAAAUGCACUCUUCUUAAAAGUUUCUCUAAAUAUGCCAACACCAUGCAUAUGAGCCUGAUGUGCACCUGUCUUUAGUCAGUUUUGUAAAUAAAUGCAUAAAUAACUGCAUUCAGUUUCAUUUUCUUUUUGGUAGCUCAAGUAACAUUGUAGUUGUCGUGCCUUUUUGCUCCACACAGUGGCGCUACAGACUUGAGUAGUUUGGUAAUAGCUUAAUGCUCUUUUCAUGUCACAUAAUGCAUGCAUACACACGCUGUACCUCUAGAACAUUUCCACUCAUCCUUUGAUUAAAGGGAUAGUUCACCCAAAACUGAAAAUUCUGUCAUCAUUUACUCACCCUCUGAGUUUCUAUCUUCUGCUGAACACAAAAGAAGGUAUUUUGAAGAAUAUUUGUAACCAAACAGGCCUAGGGCCCAAUUGACUUCCAUAGUAUGGAGGGAAAAAAUACUAUGAAAGUCAAUGGAAGUCUAUCAACUGCAGUUACCAACAUUCUUCAAAAUAUUUUCUUUUUGUGUGUGUUCAGCAGAAGAAAGAAAUUCACACAGGUUUGGAAGAACUUGAGGGUGAGUAAAUGAUGACAGAAUUUUUCAAAGUUUUUUGUGAACUAUCCCUUUAAUAACACAUGCUUUAUGUGCUCACUGGGUGUUUGGCCACAAAAGGGUUUUACACCUCUUUUGAGUGUGGUUGUGUAUUCGUGUAUAUUUAGUUUAGUAGUGUUAAAGAGCCACUUGUUGGAAAGGCUUUGAUGUCACUGUGUUAAUUAUUCUUUUAAUAUAUAAUAUAUAUAGAAAAGAGAUAGAAAAGAAACUUCUGUCAUCAUUUACUCAUUUCGUUCCAAACCUACAUAACUUUAUUUUGACUGCUGAACAAAGGAAGAUUUGUGUAACUACUUUUGUCUGUUCAUGUCUUUCAAACCUUCAUUGUAUGGGCAAAAAAAAAAAAAUUUUUUCUUUCUUCAAAAUAUCUAAUUUUUCAUGUGAACAAUACCUUUGAGGCUUGUUUACGUCAUUAAAUAUCUGUACUACUCGACACCUGUUUAGUCUCUCAUAGUAAAAUGGCCACACUCAGGUUUCAUUUUAGUGUCAAUCAUUUUAGUAAUAUGUUGGGUUGCCACAAUGUCCAAGGUAAAAUCUGGGUCCUGAAGCAAAACCAGUUGCGCUAAAGCCUUGACAGGCCAGGCUGCUCAUUUUGAAUGUUUUUUUUCUCUUUCCCUCUGGCUGCCUCCUCCAUUUUCUCUCCCUGCACUGAAAUGGCUGUGAAAUUUCCCACUUGGGUGAGACUGUCGUCUGUUUUGGCUUAAUGUAGGAAAUUGACUCAUUUUGUGGCAUUGAUUUCCUCUCUGCUACAGAGAGGAUAUCGCUGGCAGAGCAAACCUGAGUGCGGUCGAUAGCCCUUCAGAGGGUGGGAUAUGUGUGCCGCACCUCUCCUCUCAUAGAAGAAAGAGCGCUUGUGUGUCAUUGUUUGUUUCCCCCUUUUUAAUUCUCACAACCUUCGUCUGUAAAACUACAGCAGUAAUCUACUGUCAUGGCCUAUAGGUGUUCCUGGUGUAGGUGUUGUGUUUGCAAACGUCACAUGAUUUAUGUUAUCUGUCAGUGGUCGUCUGGCUUCGGUAGAAUGCAGAGACCUCUAGUUCAGUGCCACUAGCUUCUGCUUUUGAUUUAUUGAAUUGAUAAAUUUCACAACAUGACACAUUUACUCUAAAUAUAAGCUCAGGCCAGGAAAGUUUAUUGGUGUGAUAUUGGUGUAUUUCUGCGGUUGCUACUGAUUUUAUAGAUAUAAUGGAAGGACACAUUUUCGAAAAUGUGUUCAUUCUUUUUUUUUUUUUUUUAAAAAGGGGUUAUAUCCCGAGUAAUCAAUUUUCUUGAUCUUCGGAGGUGGAAAAUGGUCUUAAAGCUAAAUUAUGGGGGUUAUAGCAAAAGAAAUAGUCAUACAGGUUUGGACUAACAUGAGGACGAGUAAAUGAUGAGAGUUUUCAUUUUUGGGUGAUUUUGAUGUGCAUCUAAUCAUUGCUAGUAAAAGCUUUAUUGAGCUUUAUUCAACAGAUCAGUGCUUGUCCUUUCCAUGCAUACUUCCACAGUAAUCAUCAGGAAAGUCAACUUCCACAGCAUCUGUUCUGGGACCUCAUUAUCAGGUAAAAUGCUUUUUUGUGCUUCUGAGGUAAAGUAUCAGUGAAACAGUUUGUGAGGUUUGUCUCAUCAGCACUGCUUCAAUUGCACUAAUGCUUGUUUUGUCAGUAUCAUCCACAGUUAAUGUCCUGUAGUACAUGUUAAUAGUUGGGUGUAAUACACUUACUGACCAGGUGGUGUCAACAAUGUAUUUCCUUGUUUGUUUGUUGUUGUUGUUGUUGUUUAUUUGUAUUUUCAUCAUAUUCCUUUUUUUUUUUUUUUUUUUAAUAAUUCCCCUCAUCAAGAAACAUUCACAUGCACCAUCACACAGUGAAACUUAAUAUAAAGUAUAAAAAGUAAUGCUAAAAGUAUAUAAACUCUGCUAUAAACUGAAAAUAUCUCAAUUUAUGAAGUACUUUUUUUUUUAAUGAUGUAUAACGCACAUUUGAUUUACUGUUCUAUUAUCCUGAUCCUGUAGGUGUGUGCUAGAGGAAUGUAACAUGGUCCUGUUAGAAGACAGCAGUGUUUACUCUUGGACAAUUCAGCUCAGCUUGCAAAGUUUCUCAGACAUACAGUAUACCAUCCUAGCAUAACAAAUCGAGAAGACCUACAGAACGGAUUUCAUUAAGCAGUUGUUUAAAACAAAAUUAAAAGAGCAAAAUCUACCUUAGUGGGGAAAGAAGGACCUUCAUGUGCCAUGAUGGAUAAUAACAGCAAGCUUUCUCUGUUAAUCCAACUUGGUUCAAGUUGAAAGUCAACAUUUAGAACAUUUAGAGUCACCAAAGGGCUAGUCAACGAACAAACCUAGUGGAUUGGUGUCCAAAAUUAUGGAUGUGUUGGUGCUUGGCUUCUGCUUGGUGCUAGGACUGCUACACACUACGGAGGGAAAGGUUCUCAGACCGGGCAGAGUUCCCCCACAUAUUGUUUUCAUAAUGGUGGAUGACCAAGGCUUCAAUGACAUCGGGUACCAUGGCUCAGAGAUCCACACGCCCGUAUUGGACCAGCUGGCUGGCGAAGGGGUGAAACUGGAAAACUACUAUGUUCAGCCCAUCUGUUCCCCUUCACGAAGCCAGCUUAUGACUGGACGGUAUCAGAUUCACACCGGGCUUCAACACUCGAUCAUCCGUGCACGGCAGCCUCUCUGCCUGCCCUCCGACAUACCAACGCUCCCUGAGAGGCUCCGGCAGGCUGGCUACAGCACUCACAUGGUAGGGAAAUGGCACCUGGGUUUCUGCCGGCCCGAGUGUCUGCCAACGAGCCGUGGAUUUCAAAGCUUCCUUGGAUCACUGACGGGCAGCGGAGACCAUUUUAACUUCCAAAGCUGUGACGGUACAGAGGCCUGUGGGUUCGAUCUGCAUGAUGGAGACCGGCCAGCCUGGGAGCUGAGUGGAAAUUACUCAACAAGGCUUUACACGGAGAGAGUGAAAGAAAUCCUGAGACAUCAUGACCAGAGGAAGCCCCUGUUUCUAUAUGUGGCCCUCCAAGCCGUGCACACACCGUUACAAGCUCCUGGGCAUCUUCUCAGACGCUACCAGAACCUUGGCAACAGACCUCGGCGCCACUAUGCCGCAAUGGUGAGCGCCGUAGAUGAGUCAGUAGGGGAGAUUGUCAGUGAGCUGCGGUGGCGAGGCUACUACAACAACUCUGUGCUUAUCUACUCUUCAGACAACGGGGGCCAACCUCUCUCAGGGGGUUGUAAUUGGCCCCUGCGUGGCGGCAAAGGCUCCUACUGGGAAGGUGGAGUUCGAGCAGUUGGCUUUGUACACAGCCCACUUUUGAAAAGGAAGGGGGUGGUGAGUCAGGCUCUGAUUCAUGUCUCCGAUUGGUACCCAACCUUGCUGUCUCUUGCAGGAUACAGAGAGUCUGAUUCCAGCCACCUGGACGGCCAAGAUGUUUGGGGAGCUAUAAGUAGCGGCCUUCCCUGUCCACGAACUGAAAUCCUCUUCAACAUUGACCCAGUGUCACGCAGGCAUGGAGAAGUUGACCCGAGACUCUUAACUCUUAAUGGUUUUGGGAUCUGGGAUACAGGAGUGCGUGCAGCCAUUCGAGCUGGUGACUGGAAACUUCUGACAGGAAAUGUAGGCGAUGGAGACUGGUUCCCUCCACAGACAAUGCCAGGAGGUCCGCAUCAGUGGCAGGGCAUGGAAAAGAGACGAGACCAGCGAGGGAAGUCUGUCUGGCUUUUCAAUGUUACUGCUGAUCCCUACGAGAGGGCAGAUUUGGCAGAGGCACGGCCUGAGGUGGUCAAGGUGCUCUUGACCCGGCUUGCCGAGUACAACCGGACUGCUGUGUCUCCACGCAAUCCACCGGACGACCCAAUGGCGGAUCCGCAACUUCAUGGAGGGGUGUGGACUCCUUGGCUAGGUCAGGAAGAGGCAGGAGAUGAAGGGGAUGAUGAGGAACCAGACAGCAUAAACAGAAAGGCCAGAUCCAAGAGUACCUGCAAAGUCUGCAAACUCAAGGCCUUGUUCAAAAAGGUGGGAACCCGUAUGCAAAGGGCCGCUUUGUACUUGUAGAGGUAGUUGUGAACAAGAUCCACAAAGCUAUUUUAUUCUGGCAGUCCAUUUCACUCAUCUUUGAAAGACAAUUCAUGGCACAGUGUGUUGACAUCAGGAACUCUUGAUAUCCUGCCUGCAUCGUAAACUAGGAUUUUUACACAGUAGUUCAACAGGUGUGAGUAUAUUAGAAAGAAGUUCCCAUCUGUAUGAUGCAAUGGAUUUUACUGUAAAGUUCAGAUCAUCUACUGUUAAUGGGAUUCAGAUAAGAGCAGAAUGAAUUUGAUUACAUGUGACUCCAUAAGCACUUAAUGUAGAUGUUACUGGAUCUUUAUCUGAUGAUCCAGUUAUUUGACUAUAGAAAAUUAUGCAAGUAGUGGCAUUGAUUUAAUAGGAAAUACUAAAGUACUUACAUUGUUCUUCACUUGGUCGUGGACCAGUGUUCUCUUAUCCACCCCCUGGUUCACUUUCUCAUCUAUCUGUUCUUUCUCUGACAUGCCUCUGCCUUGCACUCCUCCUCACGCCUCUCUCAUUCUCCUACCUUUUGCUUUUAUGCUUGUGCUCUAUCCAAAUCCGCUCUGACAUAGCGCACCACAACCAGAAUAACACACGAUUCUUCAUUGUUUCUGCACUUUCUCCUCCACCUGUUUCUCAUCCUUUUGCAUUCUUUCUUAGUUUGAAUAGAUCAGGUCAGUGCAUAUGCAGAAGCAAGAAUAUAAGAGCAAGGAAAAGAGUGAUAAAGUAGUUUCUUUUAUGUAAAAUGAGGGCUAUUUGAAGAGGAGGAGGAUCACUCUUGGGUAUGAAGGCUGUGUGCCUUUUAUACAAGACAUUCUUGGCCUAUUCAUCUCUCGGUUUCAUGAGCCUUAACACAAUUCACAAGAAGUGAUGAAAUGUGCUCUGUAUUUAAUGUAAUGCAUAUUUUAAAAAUAACUUUUCAAUUUUACCUCCUAUGUAACUGCUUUUACUCUGAUGUAAUUGUGUGUAUUUCUGAUCCUGUUGUCUGUCAGCGUUCCUAGAAAACAAUCCAUCCUUCUGAUUUGUUCAAAAUAAUAUAGUCUUCCCAUAAAGAUGGCAAAGUAACCUCUAUCAACCUGCAAAGAAGUGACUCGCAUUAAACACAAUUCAUAUUAAGUAAUUAAACAAGGAGAAUGUUUCCUUAAGUCUACCGUAGGAAACGCUUCAUUGUCAGAAGAUAAGGAAUCUAGAGCAGGGUAAAAGUCAAUACACAGUUAAAAGUAACGUUAGUACAUAGUAAAGAUAAUGCAAAACAUAUGUUUACUUUAAGAGCUGCACGGCAAGAAGUACUGUGUAUCUUUUGUUUCUGGAGGCCGUUGUUAAAGAUUCAUUAAACCAUGAUUCAAACUGA